GACGGCUGGUGCUGCCCGAGGUACGAGGCACGAGUCUAACCGCAACGGCCCGUACAGUGCCAAGACGGUGCAGCAGUCCUGACAACCUUAGCUCAUUCCAGGGGUGUUAGGCUGGCUCAUUCCCAUCAUGCUCGGGCUCAGCAGAUCUCCAAACCUGGCCUUAGCUGACCUAGGCAUCGGGGAUCUGGGGCCUGGGGGCCCUGCAACUGGUGCUUGGUGCUGGCUGCCCGACAGAAGCCCAGGGCCAACGGGGCCAGCAGCAGAAGCCCACAAGUCCAGGAUGCCAGGAUACCAGGGUGCCCGAGCCUGAGGUUCCAACGCUGCCAGCCUGCCAGCCCGCCAGCCUGCCAGCAGUGCAACGCCCGCCAACGCACCCGACUGCCAGAGGAACCAGGAACUACUACUAGCAGGUCCUGCUGCAUCCAGCCCGCACAGCCCACAGCCCACCCAAGCCCACCAGCCCACAAGCCCACCCAGGCACUGUCGGUCCGUGUCGCUGCUGUGGUCUGGUCUGGUCUGGUCUCUGGUGGAGGGCCCGCUUAAAACCGAAUCCUUUUCUCAGCCAGCCCUCCCCCCUUCCUCCUGCAUCUUCCCUUUUGAAACUCCCUCUUCCCGCUUCCCUUUUCUCAACCCACCCCGACCGACUGACCAUCUCUCCCCCUUCCCUCAACUCGUCGUCUUGCAUCCAAAGACGGUGGAGAUUUGAGCAGGAAAGACCCCGAUUGAGGUUUUUUCCCUUCUUUGUUGACAUCGUGCAUUGAGGCAUCUUCAGAGCCCGCCUCAUCAGCGUUUCCGCCUCCCGUCUCGUCUCCAUCUCGCUCUCGGUACUGAGCCUGAUCCCUCUGCAACCACUCACUGCGCCCUUCCGAGUCGACCACCGAUCGAUCGCCUCUCCUCGUCAUCCACCGCUCUCCCAUCCCCCCACCACCACCGAACUACUUCUAUUCGCCCUCACUCUCUCCCGGGUGUCACCAUCUGUCUCGAAGCAUUUAUCUAUUCGGUCUGAAAGUGAAUACUCUUUCAGCAACCAAAUCCGAGUCCCAUAGACUCUUUUUACCACCACAAAUAUCAAGUAGCUCCCUUCCUCUUCGUGGGACGGAAGCUCUUUGUCAAUAUCUGACAAGAUGACCACAAUGGAUCUCAGGGUCGGUAACAAGUACCGCAUCGGCCGCAAGAUCGGUUCAGGAUCGUUCGGUGACAUUUACCUGGGCACCAACAUCAUCUCCGGAGAAGAGAUCGCCAUCAAGCUCGAGAGCGUCAAGGCCAAGCACCCCCAGCUCGAAUAUGAGGCUCGUGUCUACAAGUCCCUUGCCGGUGGUGUUGGUAUCCCUUUCGUCCGUUGGUUUGGAACAGAGUGUGACUACAAUGCCAUGGUUCUGGACCUUCUCGGACCCAGUCUGGAGGAUCUCUUCAACUUCUGCAACCGCAAGUUCUCGCUCAAGACCGUCCUCUUGCUGGCCGACCAGCUCAUCUCCCGUAUCGAGUACAUCCACGCCAAGUCGUUCAUUCACCGCGACAUCAAGCCCGACAACUUCCUGAUGGGCAUCGGCAAGCGUGGCAACCAGGUCAACGUUAUCGAUUUCGGUCUUGCCAAGAAGUACCGUGACCCCAAGACCCACUUCCACAUUCCCUACAGAGAGAACAAGAACUUGACCGGAACUGCCCGUUAUGCCUCCAUCAACACUCACCUCGGAGUCGAGCAAUCCCGUCGUGAUGACAUGGAGUCCCUCGGAUACGUCAUGCUGUACUUCUGCCGCGGCUCCCUGCCGUGGCAAGGUCUUAAAGCUGCCACCAAGAAGCAGAAGUAUGACCGUAUCAUGGAGAAGAAGAUGACUACCCCGACCGAGGUCCUCUGCCGUGGCUUCCCCAACGAGUUUGCCAUCUACCUGAACUACACCCGAUCCCUGCGCUUCGACGACAAGCCUGACUACAGCUACCUGCGCAAGAUCUUCCGUGACCUCUUUGUCCGGGAGGGCUUCCAGUAUGACUACGUCUUCGACUGGACCGUGUACAAGUACCAGAAGAAUGCCGCUCAGAUCAAGCGGGACGAGCAGCAGGCCGAGGACAAGGCCGGUGCUGCUUCCGGACAGGCCAACACUGCCGCGGCUACCAAGGCCACUCCUGCCAUCCAGAGCAACCGCGCUCGUAAGAUGAUCGCUGAGAACCCCGACGCCACCCGUGGUGUUGGCACGAGCGACAGGAUGCUGCGCUCGGCUUCCAGAGGCCAAGGCGCUGCUGGUGAGGGUUACGCUUCCGGCUCUUACCAACGACCCACGUGAUUGCAACACACGGCCUCCCGAUUCUCAGAUUGUUUUAUUGUGGAAAAAGAUUGUUCAUCCCUGAGCGACACUGGUAGACGGCACGCCGUGAUGUCACGGGUCCUUCUGCCGGCGUUUCCUCACUCAUGGCAACAAGUCUUCGCUCAGGGAUUGCAUUCACGAACAUCUCCACUCCACAGCCUCCCCACGCCAUCCUGGGGAACCAUUUUUCGUUCCUCGACGUAUUUCGGUUAUCACUCAUGGCUCGGUCAAUUCUUGAAAAGGCGAGUUGGUUUCUGCGGCAUUGGGCCGGUAGAUCCAGUAUACAACGCCCCAUCUUGAAACGGCUGAACGGCACGCCCGGUGCACCAAUUGCUGGGGCACCGGCAUGCGAGGAAGAAGAGUUUCGUUUUUGAGAUAGCAGAAGCCCACCAGCUCCGCCACUCGACGAACCGAACAGAGGCCCAAGUCAACCGGAGGUGGUCGUUGGCACGCCCAUGACCGCUCUGGCUGUGACCAGCCCCGUCGUUGCGACAACAUGACUACCGCCCGUGGUAGCCUGCGUGCCGAAUCUUUUUCAUCGAGAUUGCUCUUGUUUUCUUUGCUUGUCCUGGUUAUUAUUUUCGACUUGACUCGGGGACACACUUCUGGGGAGGUAAUAUUAGGGGACGCGUUUGUUCGUGGGAUCCGAACUCGGGUACGCCAUAAGGGACUCGAACUGGGUAUCAGGUUUAACCGCCGAUCUUCCUCCAAGCCGUCAUUCAAUCGACUAAUGCCACCGUCCAACAACAAUGCAACAUUGCUCUCGGGCAGCUUGCAUGGACUAGUACGCAACUGGCGGUGGCAGCGUGGAGGACAAACCCGUGUUGAGAGCCCCGGUCCGAUCUCUUUCAUUUCACUACCAGCCGCUCCCUAUUGACAUUUGUUCUGCGUUUGACCCCCACUCAUGACCAGACUUCCUACCUCUCACCCACGCGCGAAUCAACCACGCCUGGAUGGCAUAGACGUGAAGGAGAGGUCACCAGGAACGCCUUCAAUACAUAGGACGGGUCUUCAGGAACGGUCAACACGCACCUUUUGAUUUGCUAGUCUACCACCGAAUCUAAAUUGCUUUCAC